AUGUAUGAAUCUUGUUUGGAUACCUUCAACAAUGAAAGUGCGAACCAAAAGAUAACGACAGGAAUCAAGGAGCUCGAUGAUUAUUUGCAUGGUGGCAUUGCACUAAGAAAAAUAACGGAAUUCGUUAGUAAGUCUGGCAAUGGAAAAACACAAAUGUGUUUACAGCUGAGCUUAAAUGUGCAACGACCUAAGUCUUUGGGUGGCUUGGAGGGAAAAGCAUUGUAUAUAGACACACGCCAGGACUUUAAUCCGUUACGACUUAAAGAGCUGGCUACUCAUCUUGAAAGUCGUUGGGGAAAAGUAAUUCCUGAGUUGAAUGCCACCAAGAUGGUACAAAAUGUGAAUUAUGUUUGUUGUCCAAAUGUGCCAAAGCUGAUUGCCAACAUUUUAAGCUUGGACAGGUUUCUAAGCGAGCAACCAGAUAUAAAACUGAUUGUGAUUGACUCGCUGUCAUUUUCGUUGCGGAUGAUUGAGGAAAUAGCCGAGCGCAAUUCGGUCUUGUUCGAGCUCCACAACAAUAUGCGACGGCUGCUCCGUAAUAACGAUGUAGCUUUAGUUGUUACGAAUGAAUUGACGCAUCGGCUGGUCCGCAAUCGCUUCACUAUAUCCCCUGCUUUGGGCGAUUUUCACGGACAUCUUCUCAACGAACGCAUCUGGUUUAGUCGUGCGCAAAACUCUUGCCAUGGCAUUCUUGUAGGCAAAACGUUGCAAUCUCAUAAACUUAUUGGCCUCUUUAAGAUUAAACAUGAUGGCAUAAAUAACGCAAUUGAUAGAACGCAUGGAAAUCAUAAAGCAGCAAAGAGAACAAAAAUGUCCUUGUGAGUUUACUGUCAAUGUUUUUUUGCUGCUCUUUAUUGUUAUAUGUAUAUGUUAUUUAUAUUAUUAUUGUAUACAAUACAAACUAGUUAGUAAUUUAAGUAAUUAAACUAAUUAUUGUUAUA